GGACUGUCGAGGUGACGCACCAAUCGUUUUACGACACUUUGACCUUCAAAUGCUCAGUAACCUCCACCGGUGGACGAUAACAGUGAAGCGUUGCCUUACUUGAUUUACUAACAGUGGCUUUCAUUUUAUGUCCACCUUUAUCCUACAGGUGUUCCAAUGAAGGUGCGUGUGAUUUACGACUUUGUUGCUCAAUGGAGUGGUGAAUUAACUGUUUGUACUGGAGAGGAACUCACAAUCACAAAUCAAAAUGUCGGAUCAGGGUGGUGGCAAGCAGUCAAUGCGUUUGGAAAAGAAGGUCUCAUUCCAUCAGAAUUUGUUGAAAUUAUUGAGUUACCAGAACCACCAGUACCACCUCCUCCUUUACCUGCUACUGAAUUUGGGAAGGAGAUCGAUCGUUGUGAUGAAUGGGAUGAUGAGUGGGAUAGUGAUGAAAAUGAUAUUCCCAGUUCGAACAAAAAUCCGAAUGACCGAUAUCAACAGCCAGUUGAAUGCAGUACAUCGCAAACCGGAGGCAAGCAGACGGACCCCUUACUGUCUGCGUCUAAUAAUGUUGAUUACGUACGCAACACACUUAUACGAAAGUUUUUCCACAGAUCAUUCAUCCGUAAUGGUUGUGAAGAUUUUUUGUUGGGUCUCGAUCCACCACCUUUUCCUCAAACCGAAGCUAAUAUCGAUUAUGUAGAUGAUUCUUUCCAAUGGCGUCACUUGUCAAGAGAUCUCACUAGCUGUAUUUCAUCGUUUCGUAAAGAUUCAAAAAUGAAGGGGAUCAAAAGUUUUAUCGCUUAUCAAAUAACUAAUUCAGUUACUCAAACUCAAGUCAGUAGAAGAUAUAAACAUUUUGAUUGGCUUCAUUCACGUUUAUUAUCAAAAUAUCCAUGUAUUUGUAUUCCACCAUUACCGGAGAAGGCAAUCACAGGUCGAUAUGAAGAUGACUUUGUUGAUGAACGUCGUAAAUGGUUACAACAAUGGUUAACUCGCAUGUGUAAACAUCCGGUUGUAUCGCAUAGUUCAGUAUUUAUUCACUUUCUUACUUGCACUGAUUUCAAGAAGUGGAAAUUAGGCAAACGUGAAGCAGAAACUGAUAAAUUACAAGGUGUACGUUUUUAUUUUGCAGUGGAAUCAAGAUGUGGACAAACACCUCAUGACUAUACGGUUGAAAAAGCAGAAACAGCUGAGCGAUUCUUAGCUGAUUUGGAUAGAUCAACUAAAUUUCUAUGUGAAACAGUUGUUGAAUAUCAUCGAAAAUUAAGUAUUAGUAUUCGUAAAGAAUUUUCCAAACUGUCAAUGGCUUUUCUUAACAUGAGCAAAGCUAUUGAAUCGGAUGUUCAUACAAAACAAUUAAAUACAAAAUUAUGCUCCUCACUAGCUACUACUGGCAAUACAUUCAGAAACGUAUCAUGUAUCCAUGCAAUCCAGUCUGAUCUGUAGAUUGUAGUCGUUCCAAUCUGACCUCAGGUUACAAUUGAAAAUUUGGAAGUACUAAACAGCCGUUUUGUCCUAGUACAUGGGAAUCUUUAACAAUAUCUAUGCAUAAUCUAAUCAAGGAUCAAACCAAGGACCUUCAGGUGUUUUGUCAAACACUGAAUCAUUAGAACCACCAGUUCACCGUUUGAUCGUACAAUUCCGACUUUAAUCACUUUGUGAUACAAAUCCAUGAUCAUCUAAUCAUAUUAUUAUAUAUUUGAAUAUCAAUAAAGCGUUCGUUUGCAAAAUUCGUAGUCUUCUGUUCUGGAUAACCGGAUAACAUCUUACUAGCUCACACAGACAGUACAUAAAAGACCUGUAGUUGCGAAAAGGAAAAACAAAAUGUACGCUAUGAUUCAAGUUAUAAAGAUGACAAGUUUUUUCGACAUCACUCAUUCAAAAUUGUCUUUAUGAGUGAAGUUGAUAGGAAUUAUACAAAUAAAUCCUUAAGUAAAAAGCAUAUAUACUGUACACAUUGAUGUUAUUAGUAUAGAAUAGAAAUGAAAGCUACGUACUAUUGUUACUUAUUGACGCCGUACAAAAUAGUCACUCUCAAAAUCAGUUUCAUAAGACAAAUAUGGUAUAGAACCCAGUUAAAGGAUUGUAUAGAUUGAGCAAUGAACAGUAACCAAUCGCACCAUGUUAAAAAUACUCAGAUUAUAUGUAGAGAACAAGUAAAAUGAGCCAGGUGAUUGAUAAGACUAUAAGUUGUAACGUACUGAGAAAAAUGUGUCAGUAUAGGCGAAUUAAUCAAACCACAAAGUGUGUUCAGAGUUUGAACUUACAAUUCACACAAUAGUCGUAGUGAUGAGAGACGUUGGAUAACAUAGACUGAAAUCUAUUGCAAUGACACACUGAUUCAUUUUCUUUCUUUCAUUUUUGAAUUCAGUGUCAUUCUAAACUUUCCAUCCUAAGAUAUCGUUUAUUCAUUUCUAAUUGGAUUUCUCAUGUCUAGAUUUGCAUUUGAUUUUAAAUCAGUUAGUCCCCUUUGAUUCUCGUCUUGUUAAUUUUCUGUCUCCGUGUACCUACUAGCGUUGCGAUUCGAACCGACAACCACUCAUGUCAAACCGAGGGUUGAUAACUGACUGAAUAGUUUUAUACAGUACAUACUUGCUCUACCAAAAUGUACAUAGUUUAUUGCAUGUUGUACUUUGUUGGAUGGUUGGAGGUAAUUGACAAUAAAUACCUCAGUACUACAGGAGGUGUGCAACUGCAUGACGUAAGUUCGAACCCCAUUGGAAACAUCAGAUCUCUCAAGAUUAUACAUACGCUAUAACUGACGAGUGCCAUCUAGUACGACACUCGGAUUAAACAGGGUUUUCUUGUCGACCAUCUUUAACUACUUAACACUAAAACAUAGUGUACGUAAUUUUGAGUCAAUUAGACUAAUAACAUUGUAUCUGUAUUGAUAGAGUUCAAUAAAUACUAGGGAUUAGAUAAACGUGAUAUAAGUCACUUACUGCUCAGUGGAUAUUGGUCAGUUAAUUGUAAAUAUUCAAAUUUUUUGGUUCAUUUCCAGUCAGAAGCAACAAUCAAUCUUCAAGAAUGCUUAAAGGAAUUCACUCGUCUACUGCCAAAUACAUCGACUAUUAUCAGUUUAGCUAAAGCUGCAUGUCUUACUGUUGAUGAAUUAAAUCGUUGUAAUACCGAUGAACAAAAAGUGUGUCAAUCCGAUGUGAAUCGAAUUCAAUCUGGUGCAUUGUUGAUUACACGUUCUGUUCAAUCUGAAUGUAAUUUAAUUAUGAGUCAAAUUCGUGAUGAAUGGAUGAAUAAAAUCAAAGACUAUCUUUAUGAUCAAGCACGUUUUUAUCAUCAAAUUGCGGAACAAAUAGAACGGGCUGCUCAAUCUUUUGAAAUCGACUGAUCUCUGUCUAUCUAUCAUAUAAUAUAUAUGUAUCCGCGUAUUAACACUCAUAAUACUAAUAUUAAUAUUGUUACUGCUAUAAACAUUUACAGAUUCAUCAACCAUAUAUAUAUA